UUAGUUGUUAAAAUCAAGUUCAAAUAAUCAAAAUAUGAAAAGCGAAAUAUCAAAACCCUAAAAAAUAUUUACGGCCGGCCGAGUUAAUGAAGCUAGCUAGCUAACCGUCAUAGUGAAAAGUCAUCUUGUAUUGAUCUAACCAUAUUUUUUUUACGAGGGUAAUAUUGACUUAUUUUUAUUGUUAGCUGUUAUUUAAAGAAUUCAAUACUCAAACUUGUAAGAUGAAGUGUGUAGCUGAAUCCUGAAAGUGGAUCUUUGACUCAUUGUUUGACGCUAACAGGUGCUAACGGCUGGGAGCCCUCAGUUGAUUGAGAAGGAAUUCUCACUCAACAGGAUUUGAAGUUGAGACUCUUUUAUUAGCCGUCAUAAUUGGGCUUCGCAAAUGGCCUGUAUUCCCCUCGGAGAAAAGAAAAGAGUUGGGCCUUUGCACCUGACUAUUCGUACCCGUCUAAAUUGGGCCUUUCGGCCCAGAUUGAAAUGACGAACUAAAAACCCGCCCCCGCCUUUCUCUGCUCCAAGUGCGCAAAAAUGGCGUCCUCAAUCUCGUCUCUCCAUCUCCAUCACCUCAUCUUCUUCUCAAAGCAUUAUCCUUCUACUUCUUCUUCUGCUGCGUUCACUUUCCUCAGACCUUCCCGCACGUUCCCGCACAUCUCCUGCUCCUCUUCUUCAUCUUCGUCUCCUUCUCCUCCUGCGGAAUUUAACAUAACCUUCGCCCCUUCUAAACCCAAGCCCAAAUCCCAGUUCGAUUUCAUCGACGGCGGCACCGGCCGCCAGCUUUUCAUUCCCUGGAUUACCCGCGGCGAAGAUGGAAACCUCCAGCUACAGACUCAACCGCCUGCCCGUCUCCUUCACGAGCUGGCUAAUGCCAAUACCGGGAAGCCCAAGAAGAAGGAGAAGCCGAAGAAGCCGGUUAAUGUCGGCGCUACUGCUUCAGCCGCUGCCCCGCCGCCACCGACCCGCUCCAAGGCUGCUAGGAGGUUCUAUAACGAGAAUUUUAGGGACUCUGCUCAGCGGCUCAGCAAAGUUCUCGCCGCUGCUGGAGUGGCUUCUAGAAGGAGCAGCGAGGAGCUGAUUUUCGCAGGCAAGGUGACUGUUAAUGGUUCUGUGUGCAAUACUCCGCAGACUCGGGUUGAUCCUGCCAAAGAUAUGAUUUAUGUUAAUGGAAAUCGGCUUCCGAAGAAAUUGCCUCCAAAGGUUUAUAUAGCCCUUAACAAGCCGAAAGGGUACAUUUGUUCAUCUGGAGAGAAGGAGUCGAAGUCUGUGAUGGAACUUUUUGAUGAUUAUUUGUCAGGUUGGGGAAAGUUGAAUCCAGGUCUGCCUAAACCGAGAUUGUUCACCGUUGGGCGCCUUGAUGUUGCUACGUCUGGGUUGAUUAUUGUGACUAAUGACGGAGAUUUUGCUCAAGCAUUGACACAUCCUUCAUUCAAGUUGACAAAAGAAUACAUCGCAACUGUAGAAGGUACUGUUGGAAACCGCCAUCUGAUGGCUAUCACUAAAGGGACAGUUGUUGACGGUGUACACUGCACACCUGAUUCUGUUGAGCUGCUACCACGUCAACCAGAUAUGCCAAGAGCUCGACUUCGUAUAGUGGUUCAUGAAGGAAGGAACCAUGAAGUCCGUGAACUUGUGAAAAAUGCUGGGCUUCAGAUAUAUGCGUUGAAGCGUGUACGUAUUGGUGGUUACAGACUUCCAGUAGAUCUAGGGAUUGGAAAGCAUAUUGAACUUAAACUAGGCGAUCUGAAGGCAAUGGGUUGGAAGGGUUGAAAGUGGGAGUUGUCUGCAAAUUCAGCUGCUCUAUCAUUGCUACCCAACGGCGACCUGGUUUGAAGAUAUCAAGGGAUUUUUACUGUCCUAAAUAGUGGAGCAUUCAACUCGCCUAGGUGUUCGAACUAUAUGCCUCCAUUAAUAGAUCCCCUUGUCUACUCGUAAGGUCCGCACUCCCUUGUGGUUGAAGUUUUGAGGCAAUUUUACGACAUCAGAUGACCUUGCUAGAUUAGCUCGAUGAAUGUAAAUGUCAUUGCAAGCAAAUGUAUGCCACAAUAUGUCAUUCCUUGUAGAGACGUGACGAUUAUAGUGUUGAUUGAAGCGUUCCGUGAAUUUCUUCUAGCUUUAGAUGAGCACUACGUUGUUGAGCAAGAGUGCUGCGUUUGCUUUACAUCCCCAGCGAGUUCUAGCUCCUUGUCCCGUUCGUAAAAUGGGCAGAGAUUGUGCUGUUGCUGCUACCUGGCCGACGGUAUACAGUUUGCCCGAAGUGGAGGUUGGACAUGACAGGACAAGAAGGUUGAAUAUUGUGUAUGCAUAAAUGUAGCAAGUAGUAGUAGCUUGCAUGUGGAAUGGGGGAAACAGCUGAGCUGUUUAUCAGUUUUUGUAUGUACAACAAGCUGUGGGACUUCACCCUCCACAUGCCAUUUGCCUGCAUCUGAUGUUGCCUGUUGGUUUGUGAAUGAGUAGAACAAAAAAUGAAAGCUCAAGUUCUGGAUUUAACUUUUAUCUGAUUCCUUCUUUCAGGUAUGGAGACAUGCAUACCAUCCAUUAGACUGCGAAGACCUUUUCCUUGUGGAGACAAAUCCUUCCUUCCAUCCUUCUGAUGUGAACUUCAAAUUUGCAGUAGCCAAUGGCGCCAUAGCAAGACAAACAACGGUAAAGGAUAAAAACAUCAAGGAUUACAAUAAGGAGGAGUUUCAGAUUUGUAAUGAUCACCCUUUUGUUGGUUUUUGCUUAGACGUCGAUUCUUUAUUUUGUCCCUUUCUGGGUAUUCUCCUCUCCUAAUGGGUUGGCCAACUCUUUUCUUUUGACAUUUUAUAUAUGAACUUCCUACGAAGAAGCUUUUCAGCUGUUAGGAAAGAAAGUCAUGAAGACCAGCUCACACUAGUUCUUUUUAGCAGGCAAUGAUGUUGGCAGAUCUGUUUCAUUUGCAUUUUUCAUGUGGAGUUCAGCUAGGUUUCGUCACUUAUUUUGAAAAGCAAUGACCAAACGUUGGUUGGUUACGAUAAAAAUAAGGCAAGCCU